CAGCGAGAAGAGUCUGUGCGAAGCUGCUCGGGGCAAUGGGGCUGCCGAGCAGCAACGGCGCAUAGCUUGCAGCAUCUCAUGAGAGCGCUCACGGAUUUCGAUGUGGACUGGACGGAUGAGGUCCUUGCGGCUGUUGGUCUUGGGCGGCGUUUUGAGCUCGAAGAGAUAGAGGAACCAGCCGAUCUCGAAGCCCCCAAGCCAGCAGCUCCAGCUGCACCAGCUGCACCAGCUGCACCAGCUGCACCAGCUGCACCAGCUACACCUUUGCCUUUGCCGUCUCCGAUGCUGGAAGUCCCGCCAACUCCAGACACAUCUCCAGGUUUGAGGCCGACGCCCUCGCCGCGCUUGCCGCACGCUCACACCCCCCGCACCCCCCACACCCCGCAAAUCCACUCUCCGCCCUCACCGCCCUCCCCGUUUCGGCUGGAGCCAACUCAGCCGCCGACCCCCUUUGUGGAGCCGGUCCUCCCAGGCCCGAUGCCGCCUCCAAUGCGCGCCCCCAGCGUGCCUGCGAAGAAGGAGCGAGCAGCUGCUGAGCCAAGCGUUGGUGAACCUCCCAAAGGUGCCCUGCAGAUGCUGCUGAAGAUGCAGGGCGCUCACGGUGUCAGCGACACGCGCUGCAAUCUUCCGGUUGCCAAGACAGGGGCCCUGAGAGAAGCAGACUGUCUGCUACGGCAGCUACUUAGGCUGCCAGACUUUCAUGAUGUCCUGCUGACGGGCCUUGGGCUGCCGAAUCCUGGGGCCGCGCCUGAGCGUGAGCCCUUUGCCAGGCGCUACCGAGGCAUCUGGGGCCUCCUACGGCCGGGCGCGGCGACGCCAGCGGCCCUGCCGUCGGCGCCAGCGCCGGCGCUGUCGACCGUGCCGCCGGCGCCGACGGCGCCGACGGCGCCGCCCACACGGCCGAGGUACCAAGCCCAAGGUCGCGAGGAC